AUGAGUUCCGGGCAACGGAAGAGUAUCGCCAUGGCGCCAGCAACGUCAACAACAUUGGAACAGGCUCCUGGCAAGCGGCCGGCGACGCCUCCUUCACUCGCUGCCUCCGGCUUGCUGGUGCCCUUCGUGUUCUGGUUCUUGGGCGUCGUCGUCGGGAAGGCAUCGGGAUGGAAAGAGUGCUCCGUGUCGCCGGAGGACAGGUGGAGCCCGGCGCCAUCGAGGACUUCGACUGCCGCGCUGAGGAUGCGCUUCGACUACGAAAGGCGGUACACUUGCGACUCCAAACACGCCUCCUACUUGGCAGCCUCCUACUUCUUCGACUCUCCCUGCACGGCAAGGCGAUUCCCUUUCCCCCCUGACGUCACUUCGUGCUUGAAGGGGAGACGAGUGAUUUUCCUGGGGGACUCUCUGUCGAACCAGCAGGGGGACUCCCUCAUGGGCAUGCUGGGCUGGCACCCAGAUUGGAUGACCAAGGGGGCCCCGCGAAACAGCAAGGUGGAGACGACGCAGAUCUACCUCCCUGUAGCUCAGAGGGGGGGAAAUGAACUUUCGUGGGGAUCUGAGGAUUGA